GAAAGUCAGUGUCGUGCGAUACGUUGAAGAGUAAGGGUGUUUUGUGUCGUUCCAUUGAUAUAUUCGUGAAUCUGUACUGUCAUAAGUGUUUAAAAAUAGUAAAUAUUUCAUAUCAGAUGUGAUAUGCGUGAAUAUUAUUAUAUAUUUUGUUACUCAAGCUUGAAAAUAUUCGUAGUCUAAUGAUUUAAAUAACAAUCGAAUCAUUUGGAAUUUUUCGUUAUACGUGUGACAAAAGUCUGUUCCUUUGUUUUUAUUCGGUUAAAUUCGAGUAAUCGUGUUUUGAAACUUGUAGAAAUAUAAGAAAACGAGUAUAAGAAAACAAGGGAAAGUCUACGACAUUAAUGAAAUUACAGCACAAAAUUUCUCGUCCAGAAUUUCAUUGAAACACGAACCGAAACGUUUCGCGCGUUCAGGAAAUUUAUUGGUCGAUUUUAAAAUGAUCAAUCUAAUUCACCGAUAGAUGUCGCUCGUGAAGUUUAAGUGAAACGGUUAUUUGAAAUUCAUGAAGAUUCGGGAGAAAUUUUCGAAUUUAUAUUUCGAUUGAGCAUGAGAUUUUAGAUUCCGCGUUAUUGUGUACUUAAACAAAAAUCAAAAUUAAUACUGAUCGAUUUCGUGGAACAGGUAAUCAUUAAUUUUGUGAAUUUGAGAGAAGGAAAAAGUGCGGGAAUGUAUCAUAAUUGACAUUCUUGAAUUGAAAUAUAUCGAUACAAUUAGAACUAGUUUCCAUUAGUGAACAAUGCGCACUGCGAAUAAAUAUUCGACUUGCAUUUCGCGUGUUUGUAAUUAACUGUGGUGUUGAAGUGUGUUCUCCUCUUUAAGGACAUGAUGGGACGCCAAAGCUGCGGUAAACUGUGCUUUCUGUUCGUCGUGCUACUUUUCACAGCUGCAUUAAAAGAUGGAAAUGGCGAUGUUGAAAAUCUGGAUCCAGAUGUACAAGACUAUACUACUGAUGAAGAUUAUAACGAUGUCUUUGAUGCAACAACUAACGGGACUGAAAUGGAGGCAGUGUCUGGGGCCAAAAGUGGCACCUUGAAAUUUAUACGGACUUUGACUAAUAUUUCGAAAGAUGCUGGCGGUGUAGCGCAUAUGCGAUGUGAGGUUGUUGGAGAUCCUCCGCCAACUAAAAUCAAAUGGUUCAAGAACGAAGCACCUCUCGAAGAGAAACGGCCAAAAAUUACAAUUAAGAAGAUACAUGCACAGGCGCAUGAACAUGCUGCGAAGAAUAUUGCUGGAAGUCGUUUAAAGAUCAUCAACUUAGAUGUCUCUGACGUAGGUUUCUACACUUGUCGCGUUACAAAUGGAAAAGAUCAGAUUCAGAGCGAAGGAACUCUUCGAGUCGAUUCCUCCAAAAACAGACAUGUUCCUAUUCAUUCCGAUCAUCCCAUUAGUCAAACAUCGGAUGAUAAAUUUUCCCCGGAUAUGAUUGGUGGUGGUGAUUUCAUUGAAGGCAUUGGGCCUGGAGAUGGAUUAGACCUCUCAGGGACUGGAAUGUCAACGCCACAUAUCUCGCACUUGUCAUCAACAAAUCCAUUUAGUAUAUUAUCACCAAGUCCACAACCAACUAGUUCUCAAACUAAUACUAUCGACAUUCAUACAAUCGGUGGCCUUAGAAAUGUCAAUAUGCAAUUAUCUCCUGGCAAAAAAGACAAUCAUGAAGGAAAAUGCGAAGUGUACAUAGGGAAAACAUGUGCACAAUUUUUAGGAAAUCAAUCUGUUUAUAUUCCAUAUCCAAUGACCCAAGAAUUACUUGAUGAUAAAUUGAUGAAAGCUUUUGGUGUUAUUAAAUACUCAAAUGAGGUUUCAUCAAAUUGUGAAGGUUAUGCAAAACCAUCAUUAUGUUUUUCUGCAUUUCCAAUAUGUCGUGAUCCUGAUAGUAUUCUUAAACUUAAAAAUUCUGAAGCUAGUGCAAGUUUAUUUCAUUUUUUAAAUUCGAAUCAAGGUGAUUUGUCAAGAGAUAUGGGUGAUGGAGAUGAUGCAGAUGAUAUUACAGGAGCUCAUGGUAUUCCUAAAAAACGUAGUCCCACAUUGGGUCCUAGUUCAGAAUUCAAUCCAUAUAAAGAUGGAAAAGCUUCCAAUAAAAAAAUAAUAAAUCAAAGCUAUGGUGAAACACAAUCAUCUAAUAGAAUGGAGAUCAAUCGUAAAUUACGAAGAAUCUGUCGACAAGAAUGUGAAAUGUUAGAGAAUGACUUGUGCAAAAAAGAGUAUGCAAUUGCUAAAAGACAUCCACUGAUUGGACAUCAAGUGCCUUUAAUUGAUUGUUCAGAUUUACCGAUGGAAGAUACUCCCGAGGCUCGUGAUUGUUUAACUCUUGGAAUCUCUUCAGGAAAUAAUGUACAGGAAAAUGACUAUUGUUACUGGGGAAGCGGAAAAUCUUAUCGUGGAAUCGUAAAAACAAGUAUUAGCGGAAGAUCAUGUAUGCAAUGGUCACAUGGUGAAUUUAAUCUUCAGAUUUCCGAUUAUCCCGAACUAGCUGGAAAGCAUUCGUAUUGUCGCAAUCCAGGUGAUAAGGAAUUACAACCAUGGUGUUAUGUUUAUGUCGAUAGUAAACCACAAAAGGAAUUUUGUAAUAUACCUAAAUGUGUUGAAAACUUAUGGAUCUAUGCAGUUGUUGGUUUUGUACUAACAGGAGGAUUUGUUACCAUAUUGGUCUGUUAUUGCUGCUGUUAUAGAAGCAAGAAAUCUAGAAGGCAAAUGAAUCAUUUGCCAACAAAUAAAAUGUUAACCAGUAUUCAAUGUGACAAAAAUAUAUAUGAUGGAAGGCGAAGCACAACCCAACCUAUGGAAAUGAGCUCUCUUUUAGCUGGUCCCGGUAAUACAACACCUGGAACAGGAACAUUAAGUAGUGGCAGUAGUCGAACAUCCAACAAUAGAGUACCACAAUUUACUACUAAUAAUGUUGUAUUAUUACAAGAACUUGGAGAAGGAGCUUUUGGAAAAGUAUAUAAGGGAGAAUUACAAACAGGCAAUAAAUGCGAACCUCCAAUUUACGUGGCAGUGAAAACAUUAAAAGAGAAUGCAAGUCCAAAAACACAGAGCGAUUUCAAACGGGAAGUCGAUUUGAUGACAGACUUAAGGCAUCCAAAUAUUAUUUGUCUAUUGGGCGUAAUAUUGAAAGGGGAACCAAUGUGCAUGUUGUUUGAGUAUAUGACCCAAGGGGAUUUACACGAAUUUCUCAUUUGCCAUUCACCAAGAUCAGAUGUUCCAUUGAACAAUGGAAACGGAAAAAUUCUGGAACAACCGGAAUUUCUGCACAUCGCAUUACAAAUAGCAUCUGGUAUGGAAUAUUUAGCCAGUCAUCAUUACGUUCACCGAGACUUAGCCGCGAGGAAUUGCCUAGUUGGGGAUAAUUUAACAGUAAAAAUCUCCGAUUUUGGUUUAUCUCGUGAUAUAUACAGCAGUGAUUACUAUAGAGUUCAAUCUAAGAGUCUAUUACCCGUUCGAUGGAUGCCGCCAGAGUCAAUUCUUUACGGCAAAUUUACAACAGAAUCCGAUGUAUGGAGUUUCGGAGUCGUAUUGUGGGAAAUUUAUAGUUACGGUUUACAACCAUAUUAUGGAUACAAUAAUCAAGAAGUAAUAGACAUGAUUCGAUCACGGCAAUUAUUACCCUGCCCCGAAGAUUGUCCAACCAUGAUUUAUAGUCUAAUGAUAGAGUGCUGGCACGAGGUGGCUAAUCGUAGACCGCAGUUCCCAGAGAUUCAUCAUCGUCUACACAACUGGUACAUAAACCAAACUUACCUGAGCGAUUUCUGUAAUGAAUCUAUCACCAGUUAUUCCGGAAGCAGUCACAAAAGCACAAAUAAAACGAAUUCUACACAGUUAUCAGCGCCAAUAUAUAAGUGCGAUCCGAAGGAUAUGAAUUUCAAAGCGAACACGGAUCAACAACCUUCGUUCUGUAACCUGAACGAUCACAGCAAUGGUAUCAAGAUGUUGCCAUCAAGCUUCCAGAACACGAAUCCCAUUGAGCAAAGGCCAAACUGUGGCUUCAAUGAACACGGUACGCCGAUGAAAACCUCUGUUUAUUCGAAUCAAACAACAAACAUCAAUUUAAAUGAUUUCGAUGAGAAACAGUGUUGCUCGCCAAAAUUAAGCGGAGCGAAGAAAGUAUUGCCUCCGGCACCUCAACCGAUGAGCAAAAUAAAUACGCCUAAUGGAACUAGACCAAUACAAAACGGAGCACAAUUAGUCGUCAGGUUACCAGACCCUAGUAAGGUCACUACAGAGACCAGGGUAUCGAAGUGAAUAUAAUUAAAGAUUGUUUCACUUGGACGAUUUUUGUAUGAAUUUCAUUAUAUAUAUAUAUAUAUAUUAUAUACCUUUACAUUCGUUUCAUAAGAAAAGAAUUCGAUCUCGAAGCUUUUGGAUAACGUUUGUUAAGCAGGAUAGGUAAACAGACUUCUCACCAAUACCUAAUCACUGCCAUGUUUUCGUAUUUAUUUAUUUCUUUCGAUCGAAAUAUAAAUAUUUUAUACUGUCGAUAAACACGUUAAAAUUCACUGUAUAAUCUUAACGAGUUUUUUUAUACAUAUAAUAUAACGGAAUAUACAUAAGUAUAAAUACGAAAUAUAUAUAUAUAGUAUAUAUAUAUAGUAUAGAAUGUAGGCUCAACUCGUUUAAUGUCGUUUUCCCUUGUAUUAUUUUAUAAUUAUUUCUCCUUGUGUUUUAUGGUAUUUUGAAAGUAUUAAAAAAAAUUUGCAUUAAUAUGUAUUUAAAUAUAUUAACCAUAUUAAAAUCGAUACACUUAUAUAUUGAUUUUAUAUAUAAGUAUAUGAAAAUUUUAAUGUUUCGUUAUAUUACAGUCAUAUUACAGUUAUAUUACAAUAUUAAGUGAUACUAUUGAUACAAUAUGAAUUUUAUAUAUUAAGUAGCUUCUAUAAGAUUUUUAUACUACUAGUUUUAUUUAUAUUUUUGCAUACGCGAAAUCAUGAAUUUUUGACUGAUCUAUUGUUACUAGAUUGUAAUAUAAAUAUAAUAUCAUGUGUCUGCCAUGAAAUAUACCGUCUAAUAAGAUUUCGAAAACCAAUUUUUAAAAAUGGUACAAUAAUCAAUUGUCGGCUGUACGUUGUAGCAGUAGAUUAUUUGAAAACACAAUCUUAUUGUGCAUUUAAUAAAGUUUUAAAAGGAACGUUUUAUCUGUGAAAAUUCGUCAACUAUCAAUGAUGAUUCAUUUUAAAAACAGAAAGCAAUUCUAAUCAUAUCUAAACGUGAAUAAAAAUUAUACUGCUCAACCGAACAUUUCUGCGCGUCUUUAAAUAAAAUUUUUAUUAAUUGAUUAAAAAACAAUUUGUUUAAUACUGAUGAAAAAAUUUUUUAUAUUAUUUAUAUAAUUUUAUAAAAUUCUAUACUUUUGCAUGUGAGGGAGGAGGGAAUACGAACUAUUACAGAUUGCAUACUUUUCAACUAUUGUUGAAAUUUAUAGAAUUAAUUUUCAUACUUUUUUUAAGUUUAUAAAAUCAAAGAAAAAUAGAUCUAAGAUCUAUUGAUAGCAAAGAUAAUGUAGGAAGGCUCAACGAUUUUCGAUUAUUCGAAGAAGUUGUCGACAUUGUGUGUAAAUUAUACAGAAUUAUAUUAUUCAUGUAUAGAGCGUAGAAUUUAUGAUAUAAAAAGCAGGCGUUAUAACUGUAUUCAUAAAUAGUUCGAAACUAGUCUCUAGCAAAAUUUGAAUGAAAAUAAAAAGGAUUAAAAUUAUAAAUAAUAAUAAAACGUAAAUAAAAAUUAACGUCUGCUUCGUUGCGAUAGCGUGAAUUUAUAGAAUCGAAUUAAACAAGCGAAUUAUAAGUAAUUAACAGAAACCUAGAGUGAGAAUAUUUAAACGAGAUUGUAUUAUACUUUUUAUAAUUUUUGUAUUAAGAAAGAGAGUCAUAGAGAGACAUUUCGUCAGCCGAGAGGAAACUGUCAAGUAUUUAGAAUCAAUUUAAACGAGAUUAGAGUAACGAUUUAAUAUAUUAUGUUAAAACGGAACUUUUAUUUGAAGAUAAUGAGCUUAUGAAUCGGUAUUUGUAUUAUUAUUAAUUAUAUAAUCUUAGUAACCGCAUCGAAGGCUCAUUAUCUAUUAGACUUAAGUUAAUUUAUGUCAACUAUUUUGACGAAGGAUCAUAAAUAUAAGAUUAAAAUAUAUAUAUAUAUAUAUUUACACACGCAAUCAAAUGUGACAUAUAUAUAUGAUCCAUGUUUUUUGUAUAAAAGCAAAUAUUAUUUCAUUUUUUUUUCCUUAUGUCACACGUCGAUACGAAUCUAUUUUCGAUCUGCAGUAAUAUGUUCCCUAAAUAAAUGUUAAAACAUGUAAAUAUGUUUAGUAAUUUGGUAAUUUUUCUUCCUGUAAUAAUUUUUUUUUAAACUUCUUUGAAUAUUCAAUAUUGAAAAAAAAAAAUAAGAAACAUAUGAAAACGAACUGCAAUAUUUUACAUUUUUACUUUAAAUUGGUAUUUUCAUUUAUUAUCUCCUAUUAAGAUUUAUUAAUUUCUAUAAAUAAAAUACUAUAAUUUAUGUUUUGGAUUUUAUAAAAAUAUAUUAUAAAAAAAUAUUUGAUUCGUCAAUUACAUUAAAAAUAAACUCGACAAAAUAUGAUUUUAAAUUAGUAAUAUUUAUAUUUAUAAGAAUAUAAAUAUUCAUAUUUUUUGACUUGAAUGACAAGUAUCAAUAUUAAGAAAUUUUCAUAUUAUAAUUUAAUGGAAAAUUUAAAAAUAUAAAAAACGGAAUAUGUUUGUAGUAUGCGCUAAAAAUAAAGAAAACAAAAAAUACUAAGAGGACAGAAACACUGGGAGAAUAAAAAUUGAGUAUUUAACGCCAAGAUUGUAUUAAUAAUGAUCUCUUUGAUAAUAAAUUAAUUUUAACUGAUAA